CUUACAAGACUACUUUAUUGUAUUUGUUAGUAAAACUCUAAAAAAAUCUUGUUUAACAUAAUCUAUUGUAGUUUCAGAUUAACUUGAGGUCACCAUUUUUGGUAAUCCACUGAUAGUUCUGAACUAGGAUUAUCCUAAUGUUAAUAAUAAUUGUGUAUCCAAUAAUCAGUAAUACAGUCGAUUGUUUCGUCACAAUUAAAGCUAUAACUUCUUCCGCGUUAAAACCCCUUGUUUUUGUUAUAUGUACACAAAAAGUAUAUUUCACGGGCACAUAGAUUUUGAAUUGUCCCCUAUAAAAUGAAAAUUUCUUGUAUUCACUUUAAAACAUUUUUUGGCAAUGAAUAACGAAGAUUCGCUUAACAAUAGUGCCAGCAGUGAGUUAAAUUUUAUAGAUCAGUGGAGUGAUGUAACAGUACUUAAAGAAAUAUCUAAAGGCGCGAUCCUUCGCCAGCAAAAACUCAAACAGAAAAAUGAUAAAGAUCUAUACGAUACCUUUAAUUACAAUUACGAUGAGCCAUCAACAUCAAAGUCGAAUCAAAUACAUCAAGUUCUUAGAAAGCCUGUAUGUAUCAAAACCAGGAAGACCAAAAGGAGAAAGUCUCCAAAAAGAUGUCCAAUGAGGAUCGCGGAGUUAGCUGUACCUACUAAACGGCAGUGUAUUGAUACUUGGCGAACUAAUGCCACAGUUAUUCCUAAUUUUAUGGUAGAGCGUCUUAAACAAAGAGUGAUGGAUCAAAAACCAAUAGUACUAAUUGCUGAUGCUGUGAAUUGUUUUGAAAGUAGAAAAAGAAAGCCACGAAACAGAAUUAAAAAGUCGCACUCAGUUGCCGAAAACAAUCGUAUGAAAGAACUAAAGAUGUUUUGCGCAAUCUUUGGAUACAAAAUAGCUCUGAAAUUGAGACAGCCAAUGAAUUUAUCGCUUAAUUAUAGGUAAUCCAUUUACCUUAAUUACACAUAUUUUUAAUAAAACAACGACGC